CAACGUGGCGCGGUAUGAUGAGAUCACAUCCCCCAGUGGCGCUCAAAGGGGCGGGGUUGGUGUCUGAGCCGGCGCAGUGAUGCGGUAGCGGCGGUUGGAUCUAGAGUAGGCGGCAACCAGCAGCGGGACCCCGGGGAGAAUGAGCCAGCAGGGAGCGGCGCUUCAGAACUACAACAACGAGCUGGUCAAGUGUAUCGAAGAACUGUGCCAGAAGCGGGAGGAGCUGUGCCGGCAGAUCCAGCAGGAGGAGGAUGAGAAGCAAAGGCUCCAAAACGAAGUGCGGCAGCUGACCGAGAAGUUGGCCCGGGUCAAUGAGAACCUGGCCCGGAAGAUCGCCUCUAGAAAUGAGUUUGACCGUACCAUUGCAGAGACCGAAGCAGCUUACCUCAAGGUGGGCCUUACCCCCUGGGGCUACUGGGCCAACCCUCCCGAACUGCACCCCACUACCUGUACUUCCCUGUCCCAUGAAUACCGAAACACAAACCGACUUGUCCUGUCUGAAUGAACUCCUCCAUCCCCCCAAGAGAUAUCUUAACAUCAGUUUCUGCUUAACACCCUAAGUUUGGAUAAGAUAGGCCUAACCUUGCAAACCCUGGGAAAUUUGUUCCAGAGAGCAGACAGAAGGCAGGAGUUGGAGUCUUGGAUUCCAAUCUUACCUGAAACACUAAGUAGCUGUAUGGCCCUCAGAGUUUGAUCAUUUAAUUCUCCCAGGCUCUCAGUGUCUAUAAAAUGGGAGCGUUGGACUUCUGAAGUCUUUCCCAGCUCUAGGUCAAGUGAGUCUUUUAGGAAUACCCACAAGAAGUCUGAAUUUACAUUUUUUAAAGGUUAGGACUGCCAGACUUCCUCUCUCCCAAUGAAAUGGGAGCACAAGGGCUUAACCUCUACCCUAUCUUUACAUGUCUUUAUCUUAUCUUGGGGUUGUUGCUGACCCUUAGUAAACCUAUGCUAUGUUCUAUACUAGGCACUAGAUGUAUCAGGAGACACCAAGUGUGAUAUAAAGGGAAGUGCAGUUGGAGGUGGAAUAUGUAUGGUUUGACAUUCAUUCCACUUGUACUACUUGCUACCUGUGGGACCUUGAACAAGUCUUUUAGCUUCUCAGGGCCUCCAUUUCCUUCUCUGUAAAAUGAUGGAAUUGGCCUUUAUGAUUUCUUAAGUCUCUUACAGCUCAAACUAUGACCCCAAAAAUAUAAAAAUGGUACAGGCCAGGCCCUUAACUUAUUGAUGAUGGAGGAGGGAGGGUAUCUACAGUAUGGAGAGGAUAUAACAAAAAGAUAGGGAUUAAUGGGGACAAAACAGCUGCAUUUAUGCCAAACAAGCAUAAAACCUUCCAUUUUUUCUGGUCAUAGAUUCUGGAAAGUUCUCAGACGCUGCUCAGUGUCCUGAAGCGAGAAGCAGGAAAUCUGGGCAAGGCCCCAGGCCAGGACCAGAAGAGCAUGGGCAAGGACAGCUGAGUUGGGACCAUGGGUCUUGCCUAAUACUCCCACAGAGGAUUCCUUGAGAGGGAAUCUGUUAAUAAAGUACCUUUGUUUUUUCAUAGCUGUGGCAUUUCCCUUCUCUUGCUGUUUCAGGCAUGUGAGAAGAACUUAGCUCCCCAGUACUUGAUGGGUAUUCACUGUUCUCUGGGUGCUUCAUCUAACAUGUCCUAAAGAAAAGGGGUAAUAAUAACAGCCCAGCCACUUGGGGUAAGGGCAAGUAAUACUCUGCAUGUUCCUGAUCUACCAGGCAGAAGAAAACACUGGGGAAAGGGGAACAUGGAGAGGACCAGAGGCAGUUUUGCCUGAGAGUUGUCACUGCUGUCCUGGAUCAGCCUUCAGGAUAUUUAUUCCCUGGCCAUGUGCUUCCUUUAAAGCAGAUGGCCAGGCAAAGCCAUUGAUGGUGGGGGUGAGUGGCUAAAAACCCUAACCAGGGACAUGAGCCUUAAUAUAUAUGUAGUCAAUACAUUGCAGUUUUAUGUGUGAAUAAAGAUUUCCUUAUGAUUUUCA